UAUUAAAUUGUGGUCAUUGUGUGCUUUUAGGUGAUGAGUUAUUCUCAGACACCUUCCCUGUUAAGCUCAUUGAUGGUUUAUAUUAUGAAGUGGAAGGCAAAGUAAGUUGGGUCUCUGAAGAGACCAUGGUAACUUGUUACUUGUAACUUUUGGAACAAGUGAGUCAGCUUGCAACUCAUACUUCUUCAGUAAACAGGUCAUUGUAGCAGGCUUUUAGCCAGAAGGGUGUCCUCAGACACCCCUAGAACGAAAAAUGGACGUCCAAAUUCUGGGGGAAAGCGAAAUUAUUUUCAAUUAUUUCCCUAAGUAUAUUAAUAUAUCUGAAACAAAAUAGCUUCAAUUCUCAUUAUUAUUAUGCAUUUGACAAUUUGAUGAAUUUGAUGGCGUACCUGGCUGAAUGAAAAUGUCAUAGUUAUUAAAGUAAAGAAGCAUAGCGGCACAAACUCACAAAGCCAAGUGUGUUUGAAAAAUUUCGAACAGAUACUGACAUGAAGUAACGUAAACUUCAAAGGUUUUCCAGAGCAACGUUUUCUUGAACCCCCCUCUUUACUGUGGAUGUGGACGCCCUCUUUUGGGACCCUGGCUAAAAGCCUGCAUUGUAGCUCUGGCUCAUCCGUCGUGUCUAUUAAAUACAGAGCAUUUAUUUUUCAAUAUUUGGUGUAAAUUUGAGGUUGUAAGUUGCAUAUAGCUGCAUAGGAUAUAUGGCUGCAUACACCUUGAGUUGCGAACCUCAGGAAUACCGAGCCAGUGGUGGAAUGAGGUAAAACAUUUCAGGAAUGGUUCCUGCUGCACCAAUAGGAAAUAUUUGCUCACAACUUCACAUCAAUGGCAUCAAUGGAAUGUCAAAUUUGUAUAUCACAGAUCUGAUCAACACCGCACUUCUGGAACAUACCAACCGCUUAACAGUCUUCCUCCCAUCGACGAAAGUUCUGAGGUACUAAAGCUUGGUGUUUAUUCAGUGUACUGUAUUUAGCAUUACUAACAUUGAACCCUCGCAGAGUAUCUGGUCCGUACGGGGUGCCAAACUGGCUGCUUAAAGAUUGUGAAUUGUGAUAUCCUGAACAACUCUUUCGACGAACAAGCGCAUCCUGGAAAUACGCAAAUGUUACAACACUGCCAAAAAUGAAACCAUAAUCGCCAAGCGUAUUAGACCCAUCUCGCUAACUCCGGCUCUAUCUAAGUUAGCCGAGGAUUUUGUCGUAAGAAAUUAUGUUGGUCCUGCCGUACCGAAAUCAUCUACAGUAAUACCCAGGCUCUUAUUUCCAUGAUACACACGUGGACUUCUGCCACUGAUGGAACAGGUGUCACCAGAUGACAGAAAAGAUCUGAUCGACCAUCGGAUUCUAGUUGACAAGAUCUUUUCUCUUCGAAUGGCAUUCGCGUGGUGUAGCUCGCUGGGUGUGUGACUUUUGUUGAACAGGUUCCAACGUGUCAAACUGUCCAACGAUUGUUUCUCAGAAUGGGGUGCAGUUUCAUCUGGUGUUUCCCAGGGUACGAGACUGGAGCCCUGGCUGUUCCUAUUAAUGACAAAUAACCUCAACCCAUCUGAUGCGCACUCUUGGAAAUAUGUGGAUGACACCACUUUGGCUGAGGUUGUCCCACAUAAUGGUCGAACCAAAAUAUAGAAUGCGGUUACUGAAGUUGAAAAUGGACUAACAUUAACAAGCAAUUCUGAUCUGCAAAUUAGACUAGAGAUCGUUACCUUGGUUGAGUUGUUAAUAAUACUUUUGCCCAGGUCAACAAUGAACAAUACGCUCUGCAACAUAUCUUCAUUGUCUUGGGCUUGAAUAUUUUAAAUCAUUUGUUCUGACGUGAAGAAUUAUUUCGUCAGGAUGUUGCUCGAUGAUAGUUGAAACAUACAGUAUGAUUACCUUGGCGCCUGAGAAAGAUUUGACGGCUGAUCUCGCUUUACUAGUCGAACGUUUACGCAUGACCCAGAACAUGUUUCGCAAUGGAAUCAAACACAAACUGCCACGGUUUUACGAUCCCGCAUAUGGUCUGUUGGUAUUUGAAUGAUCAUUUCUUUCAAUAUUCUUCUUAGUAAUUAAUUUUUCCUUGAUGGUCUUGCUGUUUUUGGUCUUUACUUCACACUGAAUUGACUUGUCCAUAUAACCAACUCACCGAUCUUGCAGCACUUUAUUAUUCGCAGGUUCUUUAUUCACUGGGUCUCUAUAUUAUUUAUUGGGUCUCCAUUAAUUCAUUGGAAACACAAAAUUGUACUUGGUAGUUUGAACAAAAAUAAUUGAAUAAAUGAAGAAAACACGAGUUCUUUUAAGUAAAUAAUAAUCACAGAUAUGUAUAGGAUAGGCGCCACCAUAUUUUGCAUAUUUUUUUACCAUUAUACUUUAUUUUCUGUAGACAGUUGCAGAAGAUUCUGGUGGAAUUGAUGAUUCUCUGAUUGGAGGAAAUAAAUCUGCAGAAGAACCAACUGCUGAGGAAUACAGUAGUGAUAGUACCUAUGGUUGCAAUAUUGUGUUUAACCACAGAUUACAAGCAGCAGCAGUAAUGUCCAAGAAGGAUUAUGGAACAAUAAUCAAACCUUAUGUAAAGAAAGUACACGAGUCGCUAGUUAGUGAAGGUAAUGCUGAUGAGGCUGCAGUUUUUAAAAAUGGAAUACUUGACGUUGUAAAGAAGUUGAAAGGAAUGUGGGAUGACCUUAUCCCAUAUACUGGAGAGAGUUGCAACACAGAUGGCAUGUUGUGUUUUCUGAAUUAUCGAAAAAGUGGAGACCCGUAUAUGAUAUUCUUCAAGCAUGGGCUUAUAGAAGAGAAACAAGUAAGUUUUUCAAGUUAUUAAACACAGUUGC